AUGAAAUCUGACGUUCUGAAAGCAUGGGAGUCAUGUGAUUUGACGGAUACGCUCUUCGUCCUCGUCUGCACAGUCUUCUGCUGGCCCAUCAUACCAGCCGUCGGCCUCGCCUACUCAGGCUACAGCCAUCGCCGCAAUGGCAUGGCAUCAUUUAUGCCCUCUCUACUCGUGAUAUCCUGCUGUACAAUCCAAUGGUUUGUAGUCGGCUACUCUCUCGCCUAUUCAGAUGGUUCACCUGUCAUCGGAGACUUCAAAUAUGCGUUUCAUCGAGGGGUGUUGGCUGAUCCCGUGGGAACGAUUCCCGCUAUUCUGUUCUCCGAGUUCCAAUUAGUGUUCGAAGCCACGGUUUGUGCAAUUGCGGUUGGAGGAGCCAUUGAGAGGGGGAGGACGGUGGCGGUUAUACCAUUUAUUUUUCUUUGGACAACAUUCAUCUACUGUCCAUUAGCCCAUAUGGUCUGGUCUGAUACUGGAUUUCUCGUCAGCCUGGGAGUCCUCGACUUCGCCGGCGGUACACCCGUACAUAUCUGUUCCGGUGCAACAGCCACAGCACUGAGUAUCUACCUCUCCUACCCGCUCUUCCGCUCAAAGAAAUCACCCCUCCGCACACCAUCCCACCUCGCUCUCCACCGCCCGGGAAACUCCCUCUCACAACUCCUCGCCCUCGUCACAAUCUGGAACUCCUGGCUCGCCUUCGACGCAGGCACCACUCUCUCCUUCAACUUCAAAUCCAUCAUGGCUCUCUGCGUCACCAAUCUCUGCGCUUCAGCCGGUGCCAUAACCUGGGCGUCAAUGACGUACUACGAGACAGGGAAAUGGAGUCUAGACUCUACAUUCAUGGGCGCAAUUUCCGGGCUCGUGCUCAUCACUCCCUCAGCGGGAUUCAUCGACAUGCCAACCGCGUUCUGCUUCGGCGUGUUUGGCGCGGUGAUUUGUAGACAGGCGUUGAGGUUUAAGAGUACGAAGUUGGCGCAGAGGAUUAGGUGGGUGGAUAAUGGGGAUACGUUUGCGACGCAUUGUGUGGGUGGGGUGGUGGGCACGGUUGCCACGGGGUUGUUUGCUAGGAGGGAAGUUGCGGGUUAUGAUGGGACGGUUAUUGAUGGUGGGGUGGUGUUUGAUGGGAAUGUGAGGCAAUUGGGGGUGCAGUUGUUGGAGGCGUUGAUUGGGUUUGUGUGGAGCUUUGGAGGGAGUUAUGUGCUUUUUGCGGCGGUGGAUUGUAUUCCGGGAUUGGAGGUUUUGGCGAAGGAUGACGAUAUCGUAUCUGGAAUGGAUGUCGCGGAGAUGGAAGAGUCAUUUCAUGGGGAGUGUGAGGAGGAUUAUCAUCCGUUCAAGAAUGGUGGAAUUGAACUUGACUAG